CGAUUUACAGAGUUCAACGCCAGAUGAGCUUUAUCUGAAGACCAAAACGGACGAAGGUCUACGGGCUUCUCACAUAAUGACGCCGUUGUCAGCGCCAGCGUCCAGUUUGCCCUGAAUGUUUUUAACUCUGCGCCGUAGAACGUGUUUGCGUUUCUAGGACUCUGAUUGGUCAGCAGCUGCAGCUGUUGUGGUCCUACGAGGGAGUACGUUAUAGCAGAGCUGUUAGUUCUAGAUUCAAACAUACAGUUCUCCAUUUUACGCUGUCAUGACUGGUGGGAAGAAAAGCUCUAAAGAAAAGAAGAAGAGGAGAAGGUCAGACUCUUGUGAAACUGGGGCACAUGUGGAGAGAAAGAGAAGGAGCACAGAGCAAAGUCAACAGGAUGCAGAAAGCCCUCACCUGCCUACUGGCGACAAUGCGAAUGAAGCCGAUGACUUGAGUGACAUAGAGGAAGGAGGCCUAGACCUGAAUGUGCCACUUAAACCUAUUAGCUUUUACAUAUCUGACAAGAAGGAGAUGCUUCAGCAGUGCUUUCGUGUGGUUGGAGAGAAGAAGCUACAGAAGAUGCUCCCUGACCUACUAAAGGACUAUUCACUUGAUGAGAUCAAACAGCUGUGUCUGGAGCAACUGCAACUGUUGUCGGAGAAGAAGCUUUUUAAAAUUCUUGAAGGUGAGCAAGGUAUAGAUUCUGCCACUGAAGAUGAAUGUGAUCCACAUGUGAAGACUGGAACAGAUUUAACUGCUCAAUAUGACAACAAUGUAGAUUCCACUACUUCGUUGAAGGAUAAUGCAGGUAUAGAUGAUACAGACUCAAAAACAGGCAAGGGAGAAGACUGUGAUGCAAUCAGCAUAAAUGCUGAUACGUUUGACAGUGAUAUUGAAGGGGCAGGCUCGGAGGAACGAGCACAUGAGACACCUGCCGUGGCUGUCCCUAAAGCAGCUGGACAGCAGGAUGACCUUGUGAAGGACAUUGAAAAAAGUGUGAAUGAAAUCCUGGGGCUGGCUGAACCAGUAAUUGAAGAGGAGCAGUCUGCCUCGGUGACGGUGCUUGCAGAAGACAUUCAGCCUUCUGCUCAGCAGUUGGAGCUGCUCGAAUUAGAGAUGAGAGCCAGGGCAAUUAAAGCUCUGAUGAAGGCAGGAAAUGCCAAGAAGGCUUGUGAUAACAUGUUAUAACAUUUUGUUUUAACCAGUUUACUUCCAGACACUUGCACUAAAUGGUAAAAUGGAAGGUAUAAUACACCUUAGAUAGCGCUAUAUGACUGCCAGGGAUUUUUUGUGGAACCCUUUGUGCCUUGCAUUAUUGGCAUCUAUAUAAUUACAUUGUGAUAGCUACUGAAUGUCGAUGGUACAGUAUCAUAAACUAAAAAAACUUGUGUACAGAACAAAAAACUUCCUACUCGGGAGGUGGAGGUAGCACAACUAAUUUAAUAUUAGAAUGCUGAUUCAGUUCACUUGGAAUUAUAUUUGUAAUGUUUCUGUUUUCAUCAAAAUAUUGUUUUUGCAACAAAAAAAGUGUUGUUUAGACCUUACCAUAUGUGUUUAUUAUGAUGAAUAAUAAAAUGAACUUUUUUAAAAAGCACAGUAA